CAAAAGGAGAGGAGUAAUUGGAUCCUUCCAUCAGGCAAACUGGAAGCAACAGAGCAUUGUGUAGCAGAUCAUAUUUCUGCUGUUUCAGAGGAGGACAUUUCCCUUUUUCUUUUAGGGUCCAGUGUGCUUUGAAGAUGUUGCUGUUUGUUUCACGGACGAAGAGUGGGCGUUGUUGGAUCCUGACCAGAGAGCUCUGCAUAAGGACGUCAUGGAGGAGAAUUGUGGGAUCGUGGCCUCUCUUGAUUGUGAAGAAUCGGAAAUUGAGAACAAAGGUGACCACGAUAAAAUCCCCAGGGAGGAGAAGCCACGUAAAAAUUUGGAGUGUGGAGAAAGCUGCAGUCAAAACUCCCAUUCCACUUCCCAUCAACAAAAUAUCAUUGGAAAGAAAGACUAUCAGUGUGCGGAAUGUGGAAAGAGCUUCAGGAACAGCUCCAAUCUCACCUCCCAUCAAAGAAUUCAUACAGGGGAGAAACCCUAUCAGUGUGUGGAAUGUGGAAAGAGCUUCACUGAAAGCUCCAACCUCACUUCCCAUCAAAGAAUUCAUACAGGGGAGAAACCCUAUCAGUGUAUGGAAUGUGGAAAGAGCUUCAGUCAGAGCUCCCAUCUCACUUCCCAUCAAAGAAUUCAUACAGGGGAGAAACCCUAUCAGUGUGUGGAAUGUGGAAAGAGCUUCAGGAAGAGCUCCGAUCUCACUAAGCAUCAGAGAAUUCAUACAAGGGAGAAACCCUAUCAGUGUGUGGAAUGUGGAAAGAGCUUCCGUCAGAGCUCCGAUCUCACUUACCAUCACAGAAUUCAUACAGGGGAGAAACCCUAUCAGUGUGUGGAAUGUGGAAAGAGCUUCAGGCAGAGCUCCCAUCUCACUUCCCAUCACAGAAUUCAUACAGGGGAGAAACCCUAUCAGUGUGUGGAAUGUGGAAAGAGCUUCAGGAAGACCUCCUCUCUCACUUCUCAUCAAAGAAUUCAUACAGGGGAGAAACCCUAUCAGUGUGUGGAAUGUGGAAAGAGCUUCAGGAAGAGCUCCUCUCUCAUUUCCCAUCAAAGAAUUCAUACAGCGGAGAAACCCUAUCAGUGUGUGGAAUGUGGAAAGAGCUUCACAGAUAGCUCCAGUUUCACUAGGCAUCAGAGAAUUUAUACAGGGGAGAAACCCUAUCAGUGUGUGGAAUGUGGAAAGAGCUUCAGUCAGAGCUCCGCUCUCACUAAGCAUCAAAGAAUUCAUACAGGGGAGAAUCCCUAUCAGUGUGUGGAAUGUGGAAAGAGCUUCAGUAGGAGGUCCAAUUUCACUUCCCAUCAAAGAAUUCAUACAGGGGUGAAACCCUAUCAGUGUGUGGAAUGUGGAAAGAGUUUCAGGAAGAGCUCCUCUCUCACUUCCCAUCAAAGAAUUCAUACAGGGGAGAAACCCUAUCAGUGUGUGGAAUGUGGAAAGAGCUUCACUCAGAGCUCCUCUCUCACUUCCCAUCAAAGAAUUCAUACAGGGGAGAAACCCUAUCAGUGUGUGGAAUGUGGAAAGAGCUUCACUGUUAGCUCUAAACUCACUUCCCAUCAAAGUAUCCAUACAAAGGUUGGAAAAACCAGUAUAUAGCUUUAGGAGCCAGGCAAAUCCACACCUUUUUAACCAGGCCUUUUUCUUAUUGACAUCUAAUACUAUUUUAACGUGAUGUUUUGUGUUUUUAUGUUGUGUUUUUAUGUUCUAAGCAUUCUGAGACGUGGGUGUAUGAAUACAGCCACUCUUAAAUUCCUAGGGGUCUUUGCCCCCCCCCAUAAAAUAUUUGAGGAGGCCACCCCCCAGGGUUUUUUUGUGUUUUUUUCAAAUGCAACCUUUUAUUCUUCCUCAACUUGCCAUACAAUUUUGCUAUCCAUUUGCCCUUUUAAGAAAUUUUUAAAAACCGCGCAAAGGUCAUGAGAAAAACAAAAUACAAGAAAAUACAAAUGUGGACAGGUCCCAUCUUUGCGGGCCAAACGCAAAAGUUGCUUUAAAGGAGGCUUUCCCAAACUUGGGUCCCCAGCAGCUCCCGGGACGAUAGUUUCCAUCAUCCCUCCCCAUUGCUCCUUCCAGCUAGGGAUGAUGGGAGUUCUAGUCCAAAAACAGCUGGAGACCCAAGUUUCCUUUAAAGGGAAAGUAGGCUGGCCCUGUUAUUCCCUCUGCUGGCCAAAAGCACUGCCCCAGAAUCUGAACCACCUUCAGUACUCCUAAUUGGAAUUUAUAGAGCACAAAACUGAAGUUUGAUCGGCACUUCUACCUCUAGGGAGCUUCUAGGUGCUUUCUGCACCACCUAGAGUACCCACAGAAUUGUGGCUUCUACUGGCAACACACAUAUGAGAA